GCCUUCGCCAUUUAUUUCUCAUCGUCGCUUUGCAACAGUUUUGUGCGGCAUUUUCUCAUUCGCUGUUCUAGAAGGGGGGCCCAAAGAAAAAGAAAGACUUACAAAUUGCGCUUCUUCGUUAGUAAAAACGGCCACGGCGUAACGACUGUACCAAUUGUGUGUACAGUGCAAGUGUAGAAAAAUUGCUGCAAACAUUUUUAAAUUGGUAAAAUCAUCUAAUUAUCAACAUGUCUAGCUUGCCGAGCAAAAAAAUUAAACUGUCGAAUGAUGGUGACGGCAAUGCGGCGUCUGCAAACGCGCCUAACGAGGAGGAGUCUGAAGCUUUGGAGCUAAUUGAUGCCUGCCAAAAUGAGAUCGAUGCGCUUAAUGAGAAGGCGAGCGAGGAAAUACUCAAGGUAGAGCAGAAAUAUAAUAAAUUAAGGAAGCCCUGCUAUGAGAAGCGCAGCGAGUUGGUGAAAAGAAUCCCGAAUUUCUGGGUGACAGCGUUUAUUAACCAUCCACAAGUGUCUGCCAUUUUGGAUGAAGAAGAGGAAGAAUGCCUCCAUGCUCUUACUAAGUUAGAGGUAGAAGAAUUCGAAGAUAUAAAAUCGGGAUACCGCAUCCAUUUCUACUUCGACGAAAACCCCUAUUUUGAAAAUAAGGUGCUUACUAAAGAGUUCCACUUGGGUUCUGGAAAUGCGGAAAACAGUGAUUGUCCAUCGUCAACGAGCACACCCAUCCAGUGGAAAGACGGCAAAGAUCUUAUAAGAUCAUGCAUGACGAAGCCCUAUCAGCAAAAUAAACGGAAACGACCUGCGGACUAUAAGACAUUUUUCGAUUGGUUCUCAGACAAUACUGAUCCAGUUAAUGAUGAGAUUGCUGAAUUGAUCAAAGAUGACCUCUGGCCAAAUCCUCUUCAGUAUUAUUUGGUACCUGAUAUUGAGGUUGAACCAGAAGAUGAUGAAGACGAUAAUGAGGACAAUGAUGAGGAACUUUUUGACGAUGAUGAUGCAGAAGGCGAAGACGAUGACGAAGAAGAUGAAAAGUAAACAAACCGUUGAAGGAAUAAUUUCUUUAAAGGUCUUCGACAAAAUACAGCUAAAUAGAUUUCUUUAAUUAUAAGAAAUACAAUUAAAAGUGUCCGAUCGACUAAUAAUUUUUAUAUAUUCAAUU